AUGGCGCCCUCGCAAAAGCGCAAGUCGCUCCCCGACGACGACUUCAUUCACACCAUCUCGGACAACGACGAGCCCGACAUUCUCGACGAGGAGGAGGAGACCGUUCCGGCUGCUGUGGCCGGGCGGCCGAAUAAGAAGGCUAGAACGGCCGGCGCGGGGGCGGUGAAGGGGAAGAAGAAUAAGAAGGAGAAGAAGGGGAAGAAGGGGGGGAAAUCUGCUGCUGCUGGUGGGGAUGGUGAGGAUGGGGAUGAGGAAGAGGAGGAGGAGGUGACUGGUUUGUGGGGCGCCAAUGAUGCGGAUGAUGGGGCGAUGGACUCGGACUUUGAGUUUGUGGCUGGCGGUGGAGGUGAGGAUGGGCUGAGCGGGUUUGAUGAGGAAGGGUGGGGGUUUGAGAAUGCUAAGAAGGGUGUGGUGGGUGCUGGUGGUGCUGGGCAGGAGGUGAAGAGUGGCGUGGAUCUGGAUGAGAUUAUUCGGAGGCGGAGAGAGAAGAAGAAGGGGAAGGGGUUGGAAAAGGUGGAGGAGGAGGAGGUGGAGGUGGAGGAUAUGGGGGAGGUGGAUUUGGAUUUGGAUGAUGAGGUGCUGGCUGAGGAUGGGUUUGGGAUGGGGAUGGAGGAUGGUGAGGGAGGUGUGGACGAGGAAGACAAGGGGGGCGAAGAUGACGAUGAAGCCGCGUCGGACAAUGAUUCGGUGGCUACGCCUGUGCAACAUCCCGACGACGAAGCCUCCGAGGACGACGACGAAGAAGACGCCGAGGAGGAGGCGAGGCGGAAAGAGUUCUUCGCCGCCCCGGAGGAGACGGAAAAUGUCGGCAAGAAGGGCGGGUUGUCCUCAUUCCAGGGAAUGUCGCUGUCAAGACCUAUUCUCAGGGGUCUCACUUCAGUUGGUUUCACAAAACCGACCCCUAUUCAGGCCAAGACGAUCCCGAUUGCGUUGAUGGGCAAGGACGUUGUUGGUGGUGCUGUCACGGGUUCUGGCAAGACGGCCGCCUUCGUGGUGCCUAUUCUGGAGCGGCUGCUGUACCGGCCCAAGAAAGUACCAACCACACGAGUUGUGGUCCUGACGCCCACCCGUGAAUUGGCGAUUCAGUGUCACUCCGUGGCCACCAAACUGGCCAGCCACACCGACAUCAAGUUUUGUCUCGCUGUUGGUGGUCUCAGCUUGAAGGUCCAAGAGGGCGAGCUGCGCCUAAGACCGGAUGUGGUGAUCGCCACGCCUGGUCGUUUCAUCGAUCACAUGCGGAACUCGGCCAGCUUUGCUGUUGAGACGGUCGAGAUUUUAGUACUCGAUGAGGCCGACAGAAUGCUCGAGGACGGUUUCGCGGACGAGUUGAACGAGAUCCUGACGACGCUGCCCAAGUCACGCCAGACGAUGCUGUUCUCCGCCACCAUGACGUCGACAGUCGACAAACUGAUUAGGGUUGGCCUCAACAAACCAGCUCGGAUUAUGGUUGACUCCCAGAAGCAAACUGCCGUUACCCUAGCGCAGGAGUUUGUGCGCCUGCGGCCGGGCCGCGAGGAGAAGCGCAUGGGGUAUUUGGGCCCAUAUCUGCAAGACCCUGUACACCGAACGAGUCAUUAUCUUCUUCAGGCAGAAGAAGACUGCUCACCGGACCCGGAUCAUCUUCGGCUUGCUGGGGCUUUCGAGCACAGAGCUCCAUGGAAGCAUGAACCAGGCUCAGCGUUCAGGGACGGCAAAGUAAACUAUCUGCUUGCCACUGAUCUUGCGUCCCGUGGUUUGGAUAUCAAGGGAAUCGAUACCGUCAUUAACUACGAAGCGCCCCAAUCCCUGGAAAUUUACGUCCAUCGUGUCGGUCGUACAGCUCGUGCUGGCCGUAGCGGCGUUGCCAUCACAUUGGCGGCGGAACCGGACCGCAAGGUCGUGAAGGCGGCUGUCAGGGCUGGCAAAGCGCAAGGCGCCAAGAUCAUCAGCCGAGUCAUUGACGCAGCGGAUGCGGACAAGUGGCAGGAUCAGAUUGACGAGAUGGACGAUGAGAUUGACGAGAUCCUGCAGGAGGAGAAGGAGGAGAAACAGCUGGCCCAGAUCGAGAUGCAGGUCAAGAAGGGCGAGAACCUGAUCAAGCACGAGGAGGAGAUCCACGCGCGGCCGAAGAGGACAUGGUUCGAGACACAGGAGGACAAGAAGAAAGCCAAGGAGCUGGGGCGGGCCGAGCUCAACGGCGUCCGAGACGCCAUGAAGAAGAAGGGCGCGGGCAGACUCAGCAACAAAGACAAGAAGAAGCUCGACUCCAAGGCAGAGAGGAGCGAGAGCAAGUCGACUGGGUGGAAAAAGGGACGGGCAGAGAGAGACGGAAAGGGGGCGGUGCUGAAUCUGAAGAAAGUCACGAAGCCCAAGUCAAAAGCGCCAGCAGGGCGGAAGGGGAGGAGCGCCCCCUCUUCCCUCCUCGGCGCCCUCUUCCCACAGCGCUAUCGCGACCGCCUGCAGCGCUUCCGCCUCGACACCCUCCCGCGCUACAAGCGCGGCCUACAGAGCCGCAUCUACCGCUUCAUCGUCGAGCGCCAGCGGCGCCGGCGCGAGCGUAGGAACAAGGCCGCGGUUGUUGCCGCCAGUGGGAGGUUGAGUGGGAUUCCGGCGCCUACGGUACAAUCGGAGUCUGCUGAAAGCUCUCACGAGCAGUACGAAGAGAUGAAGGAAGAGCAAAGAAUUGCGCGGGAGGCUCAGGAGAUCGAGAAACGCGGGCAGGACGAGAAAGAGGUCGCAAACAGAGGAGGAUACAGCGAGGCUCCGGGCGGUUUGAAAGGAAGCAGCCACAUUUCUAGGUCAGCGCCGACGUCACCUACCUUAUCAGGGAGGACACCCACUAUGUCACAGACGGACAUGACAGAAGCCGAACUCGCAGUUGCCAACGCAAAUCUCAUGGCACGCCUCGGACCUUUCAUGACGACGCCAUUGGUGCAAAUCCCUAUCACCAUAUUCUUCUACAACGAGGAACAGUCACGGUCUCACACGGUCAUGACCGACGAUUCCGGACACUUCAACACCCGCGUUGCCCUCGAAUUUGUCCCAACGGAUGUCAGAGUCAUUGCGAACGAGAGCAUCUCGACCACGAAGCCGGUCGAAAUCACCGGGUCCAAAGGGGUCAGCCUGAUCAGCGACGUCGACGACACGAUCAAGCACUCCAACAUCUCGAUGGGCGCCCGCGAGAUUUUCAGAAACGCUUUAGUGCGCGACCUGGCCGACUUGACGGUCGACGGGGUCAAGGAAUGGUACCACACGAUGCACGAUAUGGGCGUUAAGAUGCAUUACUGUUCCAACAGUCCGUGGCAACUGUACCCGGUCCUAGCAACCUUUCUCCACACGGCCGGCCUACCCCAGGGGUCGAUGCACCUGAAGCACUAUAGCGGUAUGCUUCAGGGGAUUUUUGAGCCGGUCGCGGAGCGAAAGAAGGGGACGUUGGAGGCCAUCAUCAGGGAUUUCCCGGAGCGAAAGUUCUUACUCGUUGGCGAUAGCGGGGAGGCAGACCUGGAGGUCUAUACCGAGCUUGCCGUGGCCAACCCCGGCCGCAUUCUGGCGGUCUUCAUUCGCGAUGUCACCACUCCAGAACAAACAGGUUUUUUUGAUUCCUCAUACAGCAUAGAUUCGGGGCAACGGGACAGACAGGGGAGCGGUAGAACCAGGCCAGGGGCGCAGUCAGCUAGUGACGAGCUUGACAGGAGGCCACAACUACCUCCCCGGGCGACCGCCCCGCCCGCCAGCUCAGGGCCAAUUAUGGGAACGCUCAUCGACUUCGACGAACCCGAACCCACAAGUUCGCCUAGAACUGGGAGCCUUCAGGACCUAGCAAAUCUCAGCACUCCGAGCUCCGAUACGCCACCACGGAAACCACCGCCACGGCGGCCAGUCAAACCGGCUGCGUUACGGAGCACACCCUCCGAUGCCAGCUCUAACAGUCAACGAAGCACCCCUACUGGGCCUGAUAUUAGCCCAGGACUGCCCCUCCGGCCACGUACCUCUGCCGGCACAUCUCCAAUCACUUCAAAACCAACACCGCCACCGCCACCGCCGCCCCGUCGCCGCGGGACUGCCCCAAUGGUACAGCACCCACAGAACCCACGCAGCAGCGGCUAUCUCAACUCAGACGUGCCGGAAAUGGAGCCACUCCCGAACGUGUCUGGCGGAUACCCAACUAGUAUCUCCGAAACAGCGACGCCGCCAAACGGCGCGGCGGCAACAGCGGCUGUCAACAAGAAGGUGGCCUUAUGGCUGCAGAGGCUGGCAAUGGCCCACGAGACGCUGGAUAAGCAAGGGGUGAAGUUGUAUACUUGGAGGAAAGGCGACGAUGUCAUUGCCGAAGCCGAGGGCAUUGUGAGAGACGCGAUGAGGAAAAUGGACUUUGAUAAAUGA